GCACACAUGACUAACGGUGCUUGGACAACAAGACUGAAGAUGGACUUGAGCUCCAACCCAAGGAGCUGUAGGGACGGAUACAACGACCAACUUCCGGUCCGAGACCGUACGUACUGUGUAGAGAGUUCCGGCUUCCAUUGGUGUAACUAGCGAUUGGACUUGGUUGUGUCGGGCUGCUUCCAGCUGAAUCUGGGUCUGAUAUUCGCAUCCCCGCCUUCACCACUUUUCUUUUCUGCGAUACCGCCACUCCUCGGAUCGUCCCUCUCCUUUCUAACCUACGCUGGGCCGGACAUGAUGGGACACGAUGGCAGGGUACUUUAAACGUAUUGGACAGAAAAUCAAAUCCUUGGGCGGCCACAAAGGGACAGCCGAGUCUGCGAGUGAAGCACCGUUGCACCCCGUGUCAGAAACGGAGACAACCCCCCUACCACCAACCGAGGACAAUACUGAAACCGACACGUCACCGUUACCGGACGAGAAUCUGGGCACGAAGGAUGCCGCAGUUCCGCUCCUGUUCCCGUCGAACGAUCGCCAGGAUCUUUGGCGGGAGGCAUUUCUCAAACUUGACGAUGCCGAACGAGCAGUCCUGGAUUUCGCUCCUGCUAUUGAUGAUGACGGUAAUGCAGAUGAAAGCGAUGAUGGAAGUCCCGCAAAGCAAGAGGACAUGGCGUCCGCAAUCAAGGAAAUACUCGGAACUGCGAACGCCCUGAAAGAGAAGGAUGAAGAGAAGCAGUACACCGCCAAACUCAACAAGGUAAUCGACGGCACGACGAAAGUCAAGUCCUUGAUCGACGCCGGACUAGCCUUUGACCCGACCAAGUACGGCGCCCUCGCCUGGGCCAUUCUCUCAUUCGGGCUGCACAUGGCUAUCAACGCUAGAGAGAUCCGCGACUUCAUGUUCGAUGCCUGCGACGACAUAGUCAAUAUCGUUGCUAGAUAUAGCAUCUACAAGAUUCAGUACCGUAGCAGCGCCCACCCGUCCGGCACGACCGAGGCGUUGCAGAAGUUUGAAGAGGGGGUUACGGAUGUUUACACCUCCAUUCUCCAGUUUCUGGCCGAGAUGAAAGGAUAUCUGAAUCAGAAUUGGCUGGAACAUGGGGCUGCUGCCAUAUUCCCCAAGGCCGAGCGAAGUUUGUCCAAGACCAAGCAGAGCAUCAUCACACAAGACUUGGCAGUUCAAUACUGGCUCCCGAUACUCGAGCAUGAAAGCAUUCAGAGCCAAUUCCAAACCGUUCUCAAGAAUCUUAAUGCGUUGGUCAAGCCCACUUAUGCUAACCCGAUAACUGAGUACAGUUUCCUCGUCGACCAGGAGAGGGCGGCCGUCUUGCGUUGGCUGCCUGAUGGCAACAUGGACCGCAUCCAUACCCAGAUUCGGUCCAGGGCAGAAGUCGACUUUUCCGAAAAUUACCAACCCGGCGUCUGGCUCUUGAAGCACAUCGACUUCCAGAUAUGGGCCGACGCUCAAUCCUCCUGCGGGCUCUGGUUGUACGGCGACAUGGGAACCGGCAAGACCGUGUUGACGUCAACCGUCAUCAAGCACCUUGAGCAACUGUACACGGGUUCCUCGCAAGGAGCUCUCGCCUACUUUUACUGCUCUGCCGCCGAGUCCACCCGCACCGAUCCGCUGGACAUCCUCCAGGAAAUCCUGCGCCAGCUUGCCUCCACCAAACCUGGCUUGGACAUUUUUCGAAACUGGCAGCAGGACAAGAAGCCAUCGGCUCUGACGAGAGACGCCGUGCUCCGGCUAAUCUUGCAGAUGAUUGACCUCAACGCUCACCGCCAGACGACUAUCGUGAUAGACGCACUGGACGAGAUCGACAGGGACGGCAUGGGGUUGACCUCGAUCGCGGACGCGCUGCACUACUUGUUGGAAGCAGCUGAUGGCGUCGUCAAGAUAUUCGUCUCCAGCCGACCGCAGAGCCGUAUCCGCGAUCAAUUACAAUCUUGGACCGGAAUCCCCGUCGACCCCGAAUCAACACGAAGCGGCAUGGAGACUUAUAUUGAGCUCGAGGUGGACCGGCUCCUGAGACACAAGCAUCGAUUGGUGGACCUCAAGCCCAAGGUGAAGGAGACGCUAAAACAACGAGCUGGUGGAAUGUUUCGCUAUGUCCAGAUGUCUACGGAAUGGAUCUGCCGCGGUGAGAGUCCGCUCGAGAUCAAGCAAGCCAUCGCCGAGCUCCCUUCCGAACUCAGUGGGAUCUACCGCGACCUCUUCGGGCGGAUACAGAACCGGCGCAAGUUGCACCAAGACUACGCGCGCCUCGCCAUCUCGUGGAUCCUCGGCAUGAGACUCGUCCUCCGCGCGGACGACCUACUCCGGGCUGUCAUUGCGGGAAUGGAUGAUGUUGAUGACGAAGGAAUUCUCGAGACUAGCAUCGACGAUAUCCUCACGGCCUGCGAGGGGAUCGUGACGUAUAACAAGGCCAGAGACGUCCUCGAAUUAGGCCACGUUUCUGUUAUCGAGUUUAUCCAGAAAGACAAGCAAGAUCUGUAUGAUCAACGCCAGGUGCAUACCCGGAUCGGCACUACCUGUGUCAGGGUCCUCGAGGGGAUGCACCGGGUGUACCACACAUCCGACACAUGCCCACCAGAAUCCCACGACAGCGGCCACGACGACGACGACUCGCAGCUGCUGCGGAAGCGCAUGGAAUUCAUCGGCCACUGGGCGUGUCUCUCUUGUCUCACCAUCAGUGACAUACCCCAAGGCGGCCGCAAUACGAGCACCUUUAUCCAAUACGCCAACUUCAUGUGGGCGUACCAUUGCGGCGCGUCCGGCUCGCUCAUCCGCGCGGCAUCCCUCUUGGAGCCUACUCUGACAACUCUCCGCAAGGGGCCGGACGGCGACAUGCGGGGCGCUCUCGACCAGAUCGAGGCUCAUCACUUUCUGUAUACGCCGUGUCAAGACAGUCCGUACUACCGAGCACUGCGUUGGAUAAAGCAGUUUGCAAACGCGAUCCACGGUUCUAGUGGCAUGCCUGUUAGGUUACUGGUGACGAGGGAUCCCGGCCCAGGCAGCAAACAGAAAGAGGAGCUGGUGCAGGGCCCACCGUUUGCUGUUUUUAUGGAGACUAUGGAGAGACUGUUCGAAUCCGUAAGGGAUGCCUAA